CUAGGAGAGUGACUCCUCACAUAUUUCACAUAUGUCAUGAGACUUCUGGCAUGUGUGACUAGCUCGCAGACAAAACCAUCCACCAGGAAUUUUUAAUGAUAUUUUAAUUAAAAAAAAAAGUCCUUUCUGUUUUCCCUCCUCUCUGGUAGGGUUUGGCACAGCAAUCCACUCCCUCAUCCCUUUCUCUGCAGCCUGUACUCAAGCUGGCAUGUCGGUGGGGCGUGGCUGGCUGGGGCUCGAGAGUCCCGUGAUUUAAAAAAAAAAAAACCCUUUGCAAAAGCAUUUGUUUGGCAAGGAGAACUGUGUGCUACUCUGGAGAGUUGUAUCACACGAGCACCUGGGCCUUGCACACACACACACAGAAAGAGACAGUCCCCAUCCCAAAGAGCUCACAUGGUACACAGACACAACAUUGCAUCGUUGGCCCCAGUUCAGAGUUGGGGAGCUGAGGCCCAGAAAGAUGACAACCCCUGUUCAGAAAAGCGGAUAAGCCUGAAGAGGUGACUGAGCCUGUUAGCAAAGCCUCAAGCUGUAACGGUCCCUUCUGGGCAUUAGAGAAUUUGUGAAAUCUUCCCCUUCUGCUAAUUCUGGUAGAAAUGGACAGAAGGUAAAAGCCAAGAUCCAUAAACACUUCCUCCUUGUCCUUCCUGCCAGUCACACCUCAACGGAGAUGAUGUCAUGGCACCCUCAGUACCGGAGUUCCAAGUUCCGCCAUGUGUACGGCAAGCCUGCUAGCAAGGAGAAGUGCUACGACUGCGUCCCCAUCACCUGCAGUGUGCACGACAACCACUUCUGCACGGUCAACCCCCACUUCAUUGCUGUCGUGACAGAGUGUGCAGGGGGCGGGGCCUUCCUCGUGAUACCCAUCCAUCAGACAGGCAAGCUUGAUCCUCACUACCCCAGGGUGUGCGGGCACAAAGGAAAUGUCCUGGACAUCAAGUGGAGCCCUUUUGAUGACUUUGUAAUCGCUUCCUGUUCUGAAGAUGCCACUGUGAAAAUCUGGGACAUCCCAGACAUUUACUAACAAGGAAACAUCACCAGUGCGAGGAAGGAGCUUCUGGGUCAUGCUCGAAGGGUGGGACUCAUUGAAUGGCAUCCUACGGCCAGCAACAUUCUCUUCAGUGCUGGUUAUGAUUAUAAGAUAAUGAUCUGGAACCUCGACACAAAGGAGCCCGUAAUUCAAAAUCCGGUGAAGACAAUCAGCUGUCAUAAGGACGUGAUCCUCUCCAUGUCAUUCAACACAGACGGCAGCUGGUUAGCCACUGCCUGCCGGGACAGGAAGUACGGCUCAUUACCGCGGUCAGGAGCAGUCCUACAGGAAGCCAGCUGCAAGUCUCACAGAGUGAAUAAAGUUUUGUUUCUAGGAAACAUGAAAAAGCUGCUCUCUACUGGAACAUCCCGCUGGAAUAGCAGACAAAUUGCACUAUGGGAGCAGGGUGAUCUUUCUGUGCCUUUAGUUGAGGAGGAUCUGGAUGGCUCCUCUGGGCUGCUGUUCCCAUUCUAUGACUCUGACACUCACAUGCUGUAUGUGGUGAGCAAGGGAGAUGGGAACAUACGAUACUAUGAGAUAAGCUCUGAGAAGCCGCACCUGAACUACCUGAUGGAAUACCGCUCCCAUCUACCACAGAAAGGAAUCGGAAUCAUGCCAAAGAGGGGCCUUGACGUGUCGGCCUGCGAGAUCUUCCGGUUCUACAAACUGAUCCCAGGCAAAAGCCUGAUUGAGCCCGUCUCUAUGAUUGUUCCUCGCCGGUCGGAGUUGUACCAGGAAGACAUCUACCCGAUGACAGCUGGAGCCCAGCCAGCACUCUCGGCGCAGGAAUGGCUGAAUGGAAUUAAUAAAGGGCCUGUCCUGGUAUCUUUGAAACCAGGCUCUGAAAUUCUGAAUUCCUUACCACAAUUUCCUAAGGAAGAACCAUCACUGCGGUCAACAGAAUCAAACUGGUACCAGGACAGGACAGAAAGAAUGGCAAAGAAGGAAAUUCAGAAGCAAAGUGGGAUCCAAGAAAAGAGAGGCCAGAAAAAAGUGGAGGAAAGAUUGCAGGAAGACAGACAAAUGCGGCUUUCAAAUGGCUACGACCUAUUCGAGUGUCCUCCACCCAAAACCGAGAACGAGCUGCUGCAGAUGUUUUACCGACAGCAGGAAGAAAUCCGGAGACUGCGAGAGCUGGUUAACCAGAGGGACAUCCAAAUCAAACAGCUAGAACUGGAGAUUAAAAACAUCCGCAUGGACUCGGGCAGGUACUGAGGCGACAGGCCCACUCUGCAGCCAUGGCAUGCACUGUGCCUGCAGCAGACACCGCGCUGCCUCAUGAGAAUGACUCUUUUAUGUUUUGCAUUGGGAAAAAGGAGGUGAAUGCAGUGCAGACUUCCUUUGGCUCCGAUAGGACAGCAGGCAGGUGGCUGUGUGCUGCAUGUGGAUCUGCUUGGCUGCUCUACAGUGUGCUGCCAGCCAGUUCUCUCACGGCAGGUGUUCCCAGGUUAAAGGUGCUUCUAGAGCUGCAACCAAGUCCAAGGAGACUGAGGCUGGAACAGUGCAGGAAAGGCUCUGGUCUGCGGCUUCCAUGUGACUCCCCUGCGUCCUGCAGGCUUUAGGCAUGGGGCCUGCUGUCAGCCUGUGCUUGGACUGCAGCUGCAGUGGCCCUGCCCCCCAUGGCAGGUGGGGAAGGCUGCCAGUGCCAGACAAGUGCUGUAUGGAGUGGAGCCCUCAGAGGUAGCCCCUAUCUCAGAGGAACCAUCACGACACCCAGGGGGGAACUGGUCUCUGCUGCUGCUCUUCCCCUGGCCCCCACAAAAAGUGUGUUUAGUCAUGAGAGCAAUGAACUCCUGCUGCAGGCUGCACACUGCCUCCUCCCCUUGUUCUCGUGCAGCAGAAAGCCCCCAGGGCAGGCUGGAUAGCAGCCCCUGUCCCUGCAGGCACUAAUCCAGCCCAGGGGCACCGGUACAGGGGAGGGGUGGGAGGGGGCAGAGGCCGUGGCUCCCAUCACUUUUAAAAGUGGGAGGGCAUAGCCACUUUUUUUCCUGUCUAAGGGCAGUGGAGAAGAGCAAGCCAUUGGCAGGGCAUUGGGGGGAAGAGGUGGAGUGAGGGUCGGGCCCUGGGGGAAGGAGUGGGGGUGGGGCCGCAGUUCAGGCACCAGUGGCCCCUCCACUUCUAGUGAGCUUCCGGCGCUCCUGAUCCUGCCCCAGGGAGAUCAGGCUGCAUGCUGGCAUGAAGGCCUGUGGGCACAAGGGGUGAUAUCAAAGGACAGCACACUGCACUAACAAGGGCCGGGAUUAUGUCACACAAUGCUCUCCGUGCUUCCUGGAGGAGGGCAAUGAAGGGGAGCUCUGCCCAGGACACACCUCUCAGGGCACAUAGGCAAUGAGACUGCUGGCCUCACUGUUUUAGGCCUUAGUCUCCCAGAAGAGUGAGAUAGUCACUGAAGGCAAGUGGGUGCAGAAAAUCCAUGUGAGAACAUCUCUUCCCCCUGCACAAGGGCUUAGUCAGGGAGUGUCCCUGCCAUAAAGCCAGUACCAGAGACCUGGACAGGCUCUGCAAUGUUCUCCUUGGUGUCACCUCAAGCUCCACGACUCUAAAGCUGAGGUUAAUAUCUCCCCUGAUGUUUCCCCUUCUCUGGCUUAUUAUUAGCAGCUAACUGCUCUGCAUAGAGCUCUGUAGGCCUGCACUGCACUACCCUGGAUGCCCCAAGCCUUCAGUGCACCGCACAUGGUGUUCUAGGGUUGCCCUGCUGUACAAGGCACUGUAGGCCUGCACUGCACUGUACUGGAUGCCAUAGGUCCACACUGCACUGCACAGGGCACUGUAGGGCUGCACUGCACUGGGCAUCAUUGGCUUGCCCUGCACUGCAUUGCACUGCACACAAGGAGUGACAGCCCAGAGUCAUGUUAACUCUGGCAUAAGUCUCUUGGCCCCAGCUGGAGACUUGGGCCCAUUGCUUGCCCCAAACAGCUUAACACUCUCCAACCUUCCCAUUAAAGAGGCUUGACGCCCUUGUCUGUCUGUGAGGCUUCCUUCUCCUCCUUGUACAUGCAGCCCAUUGCCAAACCUGCUGCCAUCUCUGCACUCUCUCAGCUUUGUCCCCUGUCCUCUCCUGCCUUAAGACCUGCAACUUCCCCUUCCCUGGCCUCCCCCAGGCCCAUCCUGUCCCAUUCCCCACCCACCGCCACCACCACCACAUAGGCACCCACAUCAUUUUCCUGACCUGCUUCCCUACCUGCCUGGCUGCCCCAUUGCUUCCAGCCACUUUUGGCUCAGCCCCUGCCUGCUGCUGGGCUCUACUGCCUCAUCUGCUCCUCUCUGCACCAUCCAAAGGGCACAUCCACCCGCUCCUCUGCCGCCUUCGAUCAUGCCUCCCUGCAGCUCCUUCUGCACUGUCCCACCCAGCGUGUCUGCAACAGCUGCCCAGCCACGGCCCUGUAUCCCAACACUGCGUUGCCGUGUCAGGCUUCUGGCCCUGCAGAGAAGGUGUGGGUCAGUUACAGGCCUGGCCCCGACGGCUCCCACCUCUGAUGCUCUGUGAACAGAAAGCAAGGCUGUAGGUGGGAGCCGGCUUUCACCUGCACUCCGAUAAGGGGAGUCCGUCUGCUGGGGAUGGGUGGGAACAGGGCUGCAUGCCAGGUCCAGUCUCUGAACUCAACCAUUUUCCAAGUGACAGAAAGAAGAAUGGCUGUAUCUAAAAGUCACUGCAACAACUGCAAGAGAGAAUUGAGGGCCGUGUCCCGCAAAACUCCCAUGGGCCCAGAACUUGCUAGCCCUGCCUCCCAGGAGAAUGCCCUGAAGAGACAUGUUUGCAGGGUUGGGCCCAAACAUACUUAAACUCUGGUAUGUAGGAGUCAAAGAAGAACUGCAAAAGCCUCUCUUUAGCUAUGUGGCAGGGAGAGUUCACACAGCCUCAUGCAGCUCUAAAUAAAAGCCAAUGAACGUAGGUGCUUAAACCAGUCACACACUUCCUUGCAAAAAGAAAAGGAGGUCUUGUGGCACCUUAGAGACUAACAAAUUUAUUUGAGCAUAAGCUUUCGUGAGCUACAGCUCACUUCAUUGGAUGCAUCACGAAAGCUUAUGCUCAAAUAAAUGUUAGUCUCCAAGGUGCCACAAGUACUCCUUUUCUUUUUGCGAAUACAGACUAACACUGCUGCUACUCUGAAAUACUUCCUUGCCUCACUGUAAACUGGUCCCCUCUAUUGGCCAAGGGGGAAAACUAUGUUCUUCUUUUAAUAGUGCCCCUGUGUGUGUGCUCCACUGCACCUGCAUACACGCCUCUCAAGCCCUUGGUCAGAGAUUUUCCAUUAGCAGUGUCUGUCCAACCACGCAUGCGCUCUACACCAGUGCUUCUCAAGCUAAUUUUUUUUCCCCCAAUGCACAUGCAGACCGGCAGCCCCUGGGUCACGGCCUGGCACCGGUCCACUGACCACCACUUUGAGUAGCACUGCUGUACACAACCUUGUGGCGCCACCAUCCUACCAGCAUAUAAACAGGCAGAUGAGAAAUAUUUUUACCCC